CUCACGGCGGGUGGCGGCGUGCGUGGCAGUCGGCCGUGGCCUCAUGGCGGCCGGUCCGCAGUCCUCGGGUGCCGCCGUGUCUGCGGCCGCUUACCCCGACUCACCCGUGGAGUUACCGGCUCGCCUACAGAAAGGCGCGAUGCGGCGCCGCUUCUGGGGCGUGUUCAACUGUAUGUGCGCCGGGGCGUUCGGGGCUGUGGCCGCCGCCGCCGCCAAGCUGGCCUUCGGGAGCCAGGUCAAUAUUGGCUUAUGUGUCUUAGGCAUCAUUGCCAUGGCAAGCGCCAAUUCUCUGAUGUGGACCUUCUUUAGCCGGGGGCUCAGUUUCUCUAUGUCUUCGGCCAUUGCAUCUGUCACAGUGACUUUCUCGAACAUACUUUGCUCGGUUAUACUGAAUGUCAUCAGUGCUGCUGACGCCGUGGUGGGAAAGUACAAGCUGAGGGUGAAUGAGUAUAAAGCUGGGGUGUUCUACCUCCUCUUCAAUCCGUGGUGCUCAGACGACAGUGUCUUCAUGGCUAGUGAGGAAGAACGAGCAGAGUACAUCCUUAAUGACACCGGAUACAUAUACAUGGGUUUCGCCAAACAAAUUAAAGAGAAGCCCUGGACCUUUGGUCAGUUUGAGAAGCACGUCCUGAGCUGCUGCUUCAACUUGUUGUUUCAGUUGGAGAACAAUGAGAUGCAGAACCCAGUGCUUGUGUCCAGGGCCAUCUGUACUAUGAUGUGUGCUGCAAACGGUGGAGUGCUGAUGGGGAACUGGACAGGAGACUAUGCCAAUGGCACAGCCCCGUAUGUGUGGACCAGCAGUGUACCUAUCCUUCAGCAGCACUAUGUCACCAGGAUGCCUGUAUGCUAUGGCCAGUGCUGGGUUUUCUCUGGAAUCCUGACCACAGCUCUGAGAGCAGUGGGCAUCCCAGCUCGAAGCGUGACUAACUUUGAGUCAGCCCACGAUACAGACAAGAACCUCACAGUAGACAUCUACCUGGAUGAAUCGGGCAAGACAAUUCCACAUCUAACCAAAGACUCUGUCUGGAAUUUCCACGUGUGGACAGAUGCCUGGAUGAAAAGGCAGGAUCUACCUCAGGGUUAUGAUGGUUGGCAGGUCCUGGAUUCUACACCACAGGAAAUCAGCGGCGGAGGCUUCCGCACUGGGCCUUCACCACUGACUGCUAUUCGCCAGGGAUUGGUCCAGAUCAAGUAUGACACCACAUUUGUGUUCACGGAGGUCAAUGGUGACAAGUUUAUCUGGUUGGUGAAGCAGAACCAGGAAAGGGAGAAGAAUAUCCUCAUCGCUGUGGAGACCGCUAGCAUCGGCAAGAACAUCAGCACCAAGAUGGUGGGCGAGAACAGGCGUGAAGAUAUUACCUUGCAAUACAAGUUCCCAGAAGGCAGCCCAGAGGAGAGGAAGGCCAUGGCGAAGGCCUCUGGCAAACCUACUGAUGACAAGCUCAACUCUCGGACACUGAACAACUCUCUUCAGAUAUCUGUCCUCCAGAACUCUUUGGAGUUAGGAGCUCCCAUCCAUUUGACCAUAACUUUGAAAAGAAAAACUGCCACCCCACAGAAUGUCAACAUUUCCUGCUCCCUCAACCUACAGACAUACACAGGCAAGAAGAAGACAAACCUGGGAGUCAUUCAGAAGACUGUGCAGAUCAAUGGCCAAGAAUCAAGGGUGUUUCUCACCAUGGAUGCCAGCUACUAUAUCUAUAAACUGGGCAUGGUUGACGAUGAGAUGGUCAUUGGAGGGUUCAUCAUUGCCGAGAUUGUGGAUUCUGGUGAAAGGGUGGCCACUGAUACAACCCUGUGCUUCCUGUACUCUGCCUUCUCUGUAGAGAUGCCGAGCACAGGCAAGGUCAAGCAGCCUCUCGUCAUCACCUGCAAAUUCACCAACACCCUGCCCAUCCCUUUGACUAACAUCAAGUUCUCAGUGGAAAGCCUGGGCCUCGCUAACAUGAGAUCCUGGGAACAAGAGACUGUGCCACCUGGAAAGACCAUCACUUUCCAAAUGGAAUGCACCCCAGUGAAAGCUGGACCCCAGAAAUUCAUAGUCAAGUUUAUUUCCAGACAAGUGAAAGAGGUUCAUGCCGAGAAGGUCGUUCUCAUCACCAAGUAGCCCAUCUGAUACCAUGGAGAUGGAGGCAGGAGCCCUGAUUGGCUCUGAGCCUUGGCUAAGCAUGUUAACAUUUUCUAAAUUGCAUUUAGCUUUCAGGUCAGGGAUGAUUAAAUUUGAUUACUCAUGAGAAAGCAGAUUCAAGAGCCAGCCCAGCAAGACAGAGCUCAAAGGUCAAUGUAACCACAGGUCAAUGUAACCUCCAGGGAGCCAGAGUACCUGGGCACAGGUCAUAGGCAAACAUUUCAAAUACAUAUUUAGGGAUUGUGGCCUCAGAAGACAGUGCCACUGUCAUCUGGAUUCAGAACCAUAUACAGAGCCCAGAUAUAGAAGUGCUGGAGGCAUCUUCCAUCUAGGCCAUGGAUUCUAUCAAGUCCAGGGGUGCCUGGAGGCUGUGCUGGAAGUCUUAUAGAAAGCAUCUUGGAGCUAGUCCUGGGUCAGGCACUACACCCUCUUAUCCCAAGGCUCUGUCCUCUCAGAAGUAGGCCCCAUGCUGGCAUGAGGCCCUUUUGCUCUGGAUGAGCCAUGGGAGGGAGACCCUUUCUUUAAGUGAGAGUCUAUGGCCAGUGACAACAUCUGAAGAAGCAACGUAUCCCGCCCUGUUCUCUGGAGUCUGUGCUUUGCUCUACUGUUAAGGUAUCUGCUCACAUAUCACUAUGCUUUGAAUUAAACUCUGGCAACUUUAAGA